GUGACUCAAUCCCUCUCUUCUUCCCACCUUAAAUAGCUUCUGAAAUCCCCAUGGAUUUCAGUUGCUUUCAAACCCACACAGGGAUUUGUAUUUGCUUGCCAUUUGAUUCGUACAUGCAGCAGAAUGGAAACUAUGAGCUUGAUCCUGAUGAUCAUCCAUUUGAAGCUACCGGGGACUAUAUAUCUGUUGGUUCUAUGGUGCCCCCUGCAACCUUCAACGACCUUGGACACCACCAGUACUUUGCAGAAAGAGAGAUCAAGAAGCCCAUCUUCGGCCAUGCUUCAUCGAUCGAUCAUAGAGUUGGAUUUCAACUGCCUAUGCUAACUCCCAAAUCUGAGGUUUCUCAUCUCAUAGAAAGUGGCCUCGGAUCAUAUAAGGCUUAUGAGAUGAGUGACAGGUUUGUGCCAAGAAAGAAAACAUCUAGUUAUUCGUUGAAGAAAGCCAACAUUGUGAAAGGUCAAUGGACAUCAGAGGAGGAUAGGGAGCUAGUAAAAUUAGUGGAACAGUUUGGACUGAGGAAGUGGUCUUACAUAGCACAAAUGCUACCCGGGAGAGUGGGAAAGCAGUGCAGAGAAAGAUGGCACAACCAUUUGAGGCCCAAUAUCAAGAAAGACAUUUGGAGUGAUGAGGAAGACAUGGUCCUGAUACAAGCGCACAAGGAAGUGGGCAACAAAUGGGCAGAGAUAGCUAAGCGCCUACCUGGUAGAACAGAGAACUCCAUAAAGAAUCACUGGAAUGCAACAAAGAGGAGGCAGUUUGCGCGAAGGCGUAGCCGUAGCAGCUCCAAGGGCCCCAGGUCAAGCACCCUUCUCCAAAACUACAUCAAAGGCCUCGGAAUCGGCCCAAGCAAGAACGCCGCACCUCUUGCUCAGCAUACAUUAUUGCCACCGCCUUCACCGGCAACUCCCGGAGCAAAGUCGGCAACGAUCAACGAGAUGCUAGAACACAGCCCGUCCGACAUACUGGAUCCCCAAGGGAUGCUCAUCAGCGCGCACGAGCACAGUCGUUGCAGCGAGACCCAGUCUUGUGAAGAACUUCUAGCGCCUGUCUGCUAUGACGACUUCUCGGUGGUUGACAUGUGCGACGGCCUGUUCGACACAAAGGAGGACGCGUUCCAAGCAGUCUACGCGGUGGACGACGACAUCGACAUGAACUACAUCUUCAACCACCUUGAUCAUACGAUCAAGGUUGAUCCUGAGAUCUCGGACAUGGAGAUGAUGUGGGACGACGACGUCCUCGGAUGCGUUGAGCCUGCUGGGUCAGCUGAAGUCGAAACUGUGCAUGUGAAGGAGGAGAUGGAUCUGAUGGAGAUGGUGGCGGCCACACAACAGAACUAUGGUGAGGCGGAGAAGAGCCAGAUAAGUGAUUGAAUAUAUGAUAUUUAUAUAGAUAAUAACUGCACGACCUAAAGAUCGAUGUAACUAUAUAAACGAGCUGUUACAGAAACUGCACGACCUUUUUUCUUUUUUUGAAACAAGAACUGU